AUCACCACCUCCCCUCCUCCCUCCCCACCGGAAGUUCCAGGAGAACUUGAGAGUCCAGGCUGGGAGGCUGGCCGGGACACACUGUUCCCCGCUGGCCCUUGAGCCUGGCCCCGGUGGCGGUGGCCGACCUAAGUUCCCAGCCCACCCCUAGCAGGAGGCCCAUCUCAGGCCAGCGAUCCCCAGCUCUAUAACUGGAUCCCUGGGCACAGUGGCUUCCCAGGCCCAAGCAGCAACUCCAGAUCCUUCAGAGGAGGAGGAAUACAGGGUCCCGGGCUGCCACUCCCAGCAGGACAGAUCCUGGGAAUCUGAUCUCCUGGCCUCCCCCACAUCCCCCCCCCCCCCCCCCACUUCCUGGAGCAGCGACCUGCCCCCUUCCCGCCUGCACUUCCAGGGCAGGGCUUCUUUCUCCUCACACCCGCCAGACAGCCUACCCUCCGCCCAGGGGAAACUGCGGGCGGUCUCAGCCAGGCUGCUUCCAGGAAGCCCCGGGCCAGGCCCCAGCAUUGUUCGGACCCUUCAGCCCGGCCAGCGCCCCCAGCUAGCGGGACACCAUGAAGUCCAGCGGCCCGGUGGAGAGGCUUCUCAGAGCCCUGGGGAGGAGGGACAGCAGCCGGGCCACCAGCAGGCCCAGGAAAGCUGAGCCACACAGCUUCCGGGAGAAGGUAUUCCGGAAGAAAGUUCCGGUGUGUGCAGUGUGCAAGGUGACCGUGGAUGGGACAGGCGUCUCAUGCAGAGUGUGCAGAGUGGCAGUGCACAGAAAAUGUGAAGCGAAGGUGACCACGUCCUGCCAGGCCGUGCCUCCCCCGGAGUUGCGGCGAAACACGGCCCCCGCGCGGCGCAUCGAGCACCUGGGAUCCACCAAGUCGCUGAACCACUCAAAGCAGCGCAACACUCUGCCCCGGAGCUUCAGCCUGGACCCUCUCAUGGAGCGGCGCUGGGACCUGGACCUCACCUACGUGACCGAGCGCAUUUUGGCGGCCGCCUUCCCCGCGCGGCCCGACGAGCAGCGACACCGGGGCCACCUGCGCGAGCUGGCCCACGUGCUGCAAUCCAAGCACCGGGACAAAUACCUGCUCUUCAACCUGUCAGAAAAGAGGCAUGAUUUGACACGCCUGAACCCCAAGGUCCAGGACUUCGGCUGGCCUGAGCUGCAUGCCCCGCCCCUGGACAAGCUCUGCUCCAUCUGCAAAGCCAUGGAGACGUGGCUCAGUGCCGACCCCCAGCACGUGGUCGUGCUUUACUGCAAGGGGAACAAGGGCAAGCUUGGGGUCAUCGUCUCUGCCUACCUGCACUACAGCAAGAUUUCCGCGGGAGCGGACCAAGCGCUGGCGACCCUGACCAUGCGAAAAUUCUGUGAAGACAAGGUGGCCACAGAACUACAGCCCUCUCAGCGCCGCUACAUCGGCUACUUCAGCGGGCUGCUGUCCGGCUCCAUCCGCAUGAACAGCAGCCCCCUCUUCCUGCACUACGUGCUGGUGCCCAUGCUGCCGGCCUUCGAACCAGGCACAGGCUUCCAGCCCUUCCUCAAAAUCUACCAAUCCAUGCAGCUUGUCUACACAUCUGGAGUCUACCGCAUUGCAGGCCCUGGGCCCCCGCAGAUCUGCAUCAGCCUGGAACCAGCUCUCCUCCUCAAAGGCGAUGUCAUGGUAACCUGCUACCACAAGGGUGGCCGGGGGACCGACCGCACCCUGGUCUUCCGUGUCCAGUUCCACACGUGUACUAUCCACAGCCCCCGACUCACCUUCCCCAAGGAGCAGCUGGACGAGGCCUGGGCUGACGAGAGGUUCCCCUUCCAAGCCUCGGUGGAGUUUGUCUUCUCCUCCAGCCCUGAGAAGAUGAAAGGCAGCACCCCCCGGAAUGACCCCUCCGUUUCUGUCGACUACAACACAGCAGAGCCGGCAGUGCGCUGGGACUCCUAUGAAAACUUCAACCAGCACCACGAGGACAGCCUGGAUGGCUCCCUGGCCCAUACCCGUGGUCCCUUGGACGGCAGUCCUUACGCCCAGGUGCAGCGAGCCCCCCGCCAGACCCCACCCGCACCCUCGCCAGAGCCCCCAGCACCCCCACUGCUCUCGGUCAGCAGCGACUCGGGUCACUCCUCCACACUGACCACGGAGCCAGUAGCCGAGUCCCCCGGCCGGCCCCCACCGACAGCUGCAGAGCGACAAGAGCUGGAUCGCCUCCUGGGGGGCUGUGGGGUGACCAGUGGGGGCCGGGGGGCUGGGCGGGAGACGGCCAUCCUGGAUGAUGAGGAGCAGCCCCCCGUGGGCGGAGGGGCCCACCUGGGAUUGUACCCUGGCCCUAGGCCCGGCCUCAGCCGUCACUGCUCCUGUCGCCAAGGCUACCGGGAGACCUGCGGGGUCCCCAACAGUGGCGGCUACUACAGGCCCGAGGGAACCCUGGAGAGGCGACGGCUGCCCUACGGAGGCUAUGAGGGGCCGGCCCAGGGCUAUGCCGAAGCCGCGGCUGCCGCUGCGGUGGAGAAGAGGCGCCUGUGCCGCUCUCUCUCUGAGGGUCCGUACCCCUACCCCACCACCGCUGAGCUGGGGAAGCCAGCCAGCGGUGGGGACUUCAGCUAUCGCGCCCCAGGCUACCGGGAGGUGGUCAUCCUGGAGGACCCGGGGCUGCCCACCCUCUGUGCCUGCCCUGCCUGUGAGGAGAAGCUGGCGCUGCCUACGGCGGCCCUGUACGGGCUGCGGCUGGAAAGGGAGGCUGGCGAGGGAUGGGCAAGCGAGCCUGGCAAGCCCCUGCUGCACCCUGUGCGGCCUGGGCACCCGCUGCCUCUGCUAGUGCCAGCUUGUGGGCACCACCACACCCCAAUGCCCGACUAUGGCUGCCUGAAGCCACCCAAGGCAGGAGAAGACGGGCAUGAAGGCUGCUCCUAUGCCAUGUGCCCCGAAGGCCGCUAUGGCCAUCCAGGGUACCCCACCCUCAUGACCUAUGGCUAUGGAGGAGGUGUGGUGCCCAGCUACUGCCCAGCCUACGGCCGGGUGCCUCAUCAUAGCUGUGGGUCUCCAGGCGAGGCCAGAGGGUAUCCCAGCCCUGGUGCCCACUCCCCAAGGGCUGGCUCCAUUUCGCCAGGCAGCCCGCCCUACUCACAAUCCAGGAAGCUGAGCUAUGAGAUUCCUGCAGAGGAGGCAGGGGACAAGUACCCACUGCCUGGGCACCUGGCCUCAGUGGGACCCUUGGCAUCUGCAGAGUCGCCUGAGCCCGUGGCUUGGAGGGAGGGCCCCAGCGGGCACAGCACACUGCCUCCGUCUCCUCGCGAUGCACAGUGCAGUGCGUCCCCAGAGCCAUCUGGGUCCUCCACACCACUGCACACGAGCAGCCCCGUGCAGGGCAAGGAGAGCACCCGGCGGCAGGGCUCCAGGUCCCCCACUCUGGCACCUGCGCAGAGACUGAGUCCUACUGAGCCUCCUGUUGUCCAGGGAGGCACAGACAAGGUUCCUGAGCCACCAGCAAGGAGUGGGCCUCCUGAGCCUCCAGCCUCGAGCCCCUUCACCCCGACCUCCACUCCCAGCUCGCCCAGCGACUGGCCUCAGGAAAGGAGUCCCGGCAACCGCCCAGCCAGUGCCAGUCCUCGGGGCCCUGUGCCCACCACACUGCCCGGCCUGCGCCACGCAACCUGGCAGAGCCCUCGAGGCCCCCCGGACAGCCCAGAUGGUUCCCCCCUCACGCCUGUGCCUACCCAGAUGCCCUGGCUUGUGGCCAGCCCUGAGCCACCCCAGAGCUCACCCACACCUGCCUUCCCCCUGGCUACAUCCUAUGACACAUCCAAUGGCCCUGCCCAGCCCCCGCUGCCUGAGAAACGCCACCUGUCAGGGCAUGGACACCAGCCAGGGCCCUGGGGCCUAGAGCAGGCGUCACCACCACCAGCCAAAGGCACCAGCCACCAUGUCACUUUUGCACCUCUACUCCCAGAUAAUGCCCCACAACCUUCAGAGCCGUCCAUGCCAGAGAGCCAGAGCAAUGUCAAGUUCGUCCAGGACACAUCCAAGUUCUGGUACAAGCCGCACCUGUCCCGUGACCAAGCCAUCGCCCUGCUGAAGGACAAGGACCCUGGGGCCUUCCUGAUCAGGGACAGUCAUUCCUUCCAGGGAGCUUACGGGCUGGCCCUCAAGGUGGCUACACCCCCACCCAGUGCUCAGCCCUGGAAAGGGGACCCUCUGGAGCAACUGGUCCGCCAUUUCCUCAUUGAGACUGGGCCCAAAGGGGUGAAGAUCAAGGGCUCUCCCACAGAGCCCUACUUUGGCAGCCUGUCCGCCUUGGUCUCCCAGCACUCCAUCUCCCCCAUCUCCCUACCCUGCUGCCUGCUCAUCCCCAAUAAAGAUCCCUUGGGAGAGAUGCCAGAGGCCCCGGUGCCCACCAACAUGAGCACAGCAGCGGAUCUUCUGCGACAGGGUGCAGCCUGCAGUGUGCUCUACCUGACCUCAGUGGAGACGGAGUCCCUCACAGGCCCGCAGGCCGUGGCCCGGGCCAGCUCUGCAGCUCUGAACUGCAGCCCACGCCCGACACCAGCCGUGGUUCACUUCAAGGUUUCGGCCCAGGGCAUCACAUUGACAGACAACCAAAGAAAGCUCUUCUUUCGCCGCCAUUAUCCAGUGAGCAGCAUCACCUUCUCUAGCACCGACCCACAGGACCGCAGAUGGACCAACCCGGACGGGACCACCUCCAAGAUCUUUGGUUUCGUGGCCAAGAAACCGGGAAGCCCCUGGGAGAAUGUGUGUCACGUCUUCGCAGAGCUUGACCCAGAUCAGCCUGCGGGCGCCAUUGUCACCUUCAUCACCAAAGUUCUGCUGGGCCAGAGGAAAUGAAGGAAGGCCACGCGCUCCCAGCCCACGUCAACACCGCACCCUCCCGACAACCCACAGCUCUCACCUCCCCCUGGCCUGUCCCCAGGAGGCCUGGGCACAGCGCCCUCCCUCAGGAGUGGGGAGUGGGCGUUGGCCUGGGACGAUGAUCUCCUUCCCACCCCAGCCUGCUAAGCUAAGUGGAUGGGCCCAUGAGAUGACCUUGCAUGUGAGCAGAUGGCAGAGAUGGGCAUGUGAUGGGUGAGGAGGCAUCGGCAGCUGUGCCCCGCCUGUGGGAAAACAUCAGCCCUGGAGGGCAGUUGGGCCCUGCCAGCUCCACCCAGCUGCAGGUCCCAGCGUGGCAGGGAGAGGGUGAGGUAUGGGGGCAAGUCAUUCCCCACUCUGCCCCCUCUGAGCAGAGACCACAGUGGGAUCACAGAAACGGGGAAAAAGAGAGUCUAUUUUUGUCUAAUAAUAAAGAGUUUCUAUAUACUUU